GGCCAAAAGAUUGCAAGAUAGUAAUAUUGGAGAGGGAAAUCCUAAUAAUAAUAAGUUGCCCAACCAUAUUAAAUGACUAUAUUUCUUAGGUCUGUAGCUCCAAUUUCUUCCAAUGUCCUUUCUGGAGUUUCACUUCCGUCUCAGCUUGAAGAACAAUUGAGAAUUCCGGGGAAGAUUUGGAAUCUCUGUUGUCAGCGUCUUCAAUGAGGAAAAGAGCCCGACUUGCAGAACCCAAGGAUGAGUUUGAUCCAGAGGAUUAUAUCAGUUCGUUGCCGGAUGAUAUUCUGUUUUUAAUAUUAUCCCGUUUAACUCUUAAGGGAGCUGCUGUUACUAGCAACUUAUCGAGGCGAUGGCGAUAUUUGUGGACUCAUGUAGCUGCAUUAGAUUUUGAUGCUAAUGAUACACUGGACAGAAUCGCCGCAGAUGCAAAAUUGCGUAGCUCAGAGAGGGCGAAAUACAUUAAUUGGGUGAACCGUGUCGUGAGGCAGCAUGUGGAGCCCACUUUGGAUGCAGUUCGGAUUUGUUUCGAUUUGGAUAAGAGUUCAAAAUGUGCAAUCGAUAAUUGGGUUAAGUUUGCGAUUGCAAAGAGAGUUCAGAGGCUUGAAUUGGACUUGUUGGAAAACGGGGAGACUCUUCGUCAGCCCAUGCGUAACUACACUUUUCCAUAUAAGCAAUUGAUUCAGUCUAAAGGGUCCUCGUUGAAGAAUGUCUAUUCAAAUUUUGCUCGAACUCAACCCUGCAUGUCGACAGGGUUGAAGUGUCUUAAGGCUCUCUCUUUGAAAUGUGUAAAUGUGAAUGAAGAAGCACUUCAGUGUUUUCUAUCCAACUGUCCAGUUCUGCAAUAUUUAACCAUACACGGCUCUGGGGAUUUGGUGCAUGUUAAAAUCAGUGGCUUGUCACUUAUGUUGAAGUACCUCGAGAUAGUCUUUUGUCUGGGAAUAGAGACUAUUGAGAUCUCUAACGUAAACCUUGUGUCAUUUAGUUAUUUGGGCCCAGGGAUCAAUUUAAUCAUUAAUAAUGUUCCCAUGCUUGAUGAGAUUUCCAUUGGCGAGGGAUAUUCUGGAUUGGAGAACAAUGUCUUUGGCCAGCUUUCUUGUUGUCUUUAUCAAUUAGAGGUUCUCACAUUGGAUAUAUAUCGUCCUGAAGAAAACAUAAAGAUUUUUGCAUUCCCUCAGUUGCCUAAACUCAAGCAGCUUAUUUUAAAAGUUGGAGCAUGGGAUGACGAUAGUCUGCUUGAAUUCACUUCCCUGAUAAAGGCCUGUCCUAACUUGAACAGAUUUGUGUUGCAGUUAAUAUGGAUGUCACCCUCAAAGAGAAGAAGAAAAGUAAGGCAAGCUGCCAAAUGUGCCCAUGAGUUCCUGAAAUUGGUAGAGAUUGUCGGGGAUUAUGGCCGUACAAGCGACAUUGAACUUGCCAUGUACUUUAUUGAGAACGCCAUUGCUCUCCAGAAAAUUGUCAUUGAUCCUCGCAACCAAAUACUGGAGAGAUCGCCUGUGGGAACUGACCAAAUCAAGAAAGAGGAAUCUGCUCGAAGACGUGCCAAGCAGCAGCUUGAAGCCAAAAAACCUCCAGGAGUACAAUUAAUAAUCCUCUAAUAUGGAUCCUGAUCAGGUUGGCCGACUUGUCUGUUAUUGCCAUUGUAUAUAUGGAAGCGCAAGAUGCUACAGAUAAGGGCGUCUCGACUAAACUUUCGUCAUCAGCUAGGAAAGACAAAAAAGUCUUCCUACUGAAUACGAAAUAGAAGGUUAGCCCGUUACCCUCAUAUACCUAUAAUAUAAUCUAUACAUUUGUAUUCGCAGAAGCUUGAGGUUUUGGUUGUUUGUUGCUCUUAUGUUCCUAGUUAGUUCAACCUCAGGAAGAUGCUAAUCCACCUGCGUUAGAUGAUGUUAGUUUAUUGCUUAUUUGUUAUGAACAGAACAUCUCUGGAUGUCAUGAUUUUGAAUUUCAAGUUGGUGCCAUGAAAUUUCUUGGCGCACUUA